AUGGAGAUAAAAGAGUACGAGGAUGUUACGAUGAUGGAAGUAGUAGUAGUAGAAGCAGAAGAAGAAGGAUGUUCGACGCCAAAACGCGAUGAUUGUCAAAUUCCGGCGAUGGUGAAACCACCUCCGCCGCCGAGGAAGAAGCGGACGUACGACUGCGGUGGAGAUAAAAGGAAGCCACCGGAAAAUGGGUAUUUUCAGGCGCCUGAACUUGAACUUUUCUUCGCCAUGCAACCUAGAUGUACUCAAGGGACUUUUGCUUAG